GCGCGUGCGUAGAAGACACAAGAGGAACCCCGGGAAGAACACGGCUGCGCGCUCUCACCCUUUUACGCUACUUGCACGAAGAAGACAAUCUGGGCCAAGGGCAGGGAGGCGCGCAUGCGCGAAGUGUCGCUCGUUCUGUGGGCCGAAGAGCGACGAAACAGGCAGGGCGCGUUACCGCGCCUCCAAUGGAGGGGGCUGUUGCCUGCUUCCGCGCAUGCGCUUUUCUUCUGCCCUCUCCCCCGCCACCCCAGUCAACUUCUCGACCUGGAAACGGAAUGCCUGAGCCGGGCGCAGCUCCUUGGAGGCAGGGAACUGUCACUGUUGCCUGUGCAAGUCUGCAGUAAGGUGCCCUCUGCACUGGUGCGUGAUGUACAAAUGAGGACCAUUGCCUAAUCAAAGAGACUCUUAGUUCAUUAACAAUGACCGAUAUAUCAGAUGGCGACUACAUGCCUGCUUCCACCCUCUGUAACUGAUGUGUGUUCUUCAAAAUAGAAAUAAAAUACCACCAGUUCCAAGUGAUGAAAUCACCUUUUCGGAUUUUAUUGUGGCAUGAACCAUGGAUUCUCUGGAUCACAUGCUCACCGACCCAUUAGAGUUGGGGCCAUCUGGAGAAGGAAAUGGUACACAAAUUAUGGAGGACUGUAUGCUGGGAUCAAUUCGAAUUAGCUUGCCAGAAGAUCUCUUGGAAGAUCCUGAAAUCUUUUUUGAAGUUGUCAGUCUUUCAACAUGGCAAGAGGUGCUGACGGACUCACAACGAGAACACUUGAAAAAGUUUUUGCCUCAUUUCCCAGAAAACAACACUGAACAUCAGGAUAAUCUUAUCCUGUCCCUGUUCAAUGGAGAGAACUUCCGGUUUGGAAACCCCCUACACAUUGCCCAGAAACUCUUCCGGGAUGGACACUUCAAUCCCGAAGUGGUGAAAUAUCGACAGCUUUGCUUCAAGUCUCAGUACAAGCGCUACCUCAGCUCCCAACAGCAGUACUUCUACCGGUUGCUGAAACAGAUUCUUGCGUCCCGGAAUCACUUGUUAGAGCUUGCUAGGAAAGGUGGUCCAGGUCUAACCCUGAAGAGAAAAUACUCGGCAGCUGCUUGUGCUGCUGAGGAACGGGACAGACGAACACAUCAGCGGUAUCUGAAAAUCCUCAGGGAGGUGAAGGAGGAAUGUGGAGACACUACCUUAUCCUCUGAUGAAGAAGAUCUGAGCUCCUGGAUUCCAAAUUCUCCAGCCCAUUGCCCAAGUCCUGCUGUUCCCCUGAGAGUGAUCCCCACGUUAUCAACCCAAGACAUGAAAACAGCAGAUAAACUGGAGUUUGGUGAGAAUGGCCUCAAGAUAAUGCUGAAAAAGCACCAGGAAAAACGCAAGCAUCAACCUAAUCAUCCUGAUCUAAUGAUUGGAGAUCUGACUCUGAAUGACAUAAUGAUGCGUGUUAAUGCUGGUAGGAAGGGAUCCUUGGCAGCCCUGUUUGACCUUGCUAUCCUCAAAAAGAAAGUGAAGGAAAAGGAAGAUAAAAAGAAAAAGAAGCUAAAAGUGAUUAAAUCGGAAGCAGAAGACUUCUCUGAGUCCCUUGGCAACCCUGAAGGGAUGCCUUCAAUGUCUCAGGAUCCAUCCCCCGUCCCUCCAAUCUGGGAUCCCCCAUCUCUCCCAUCUGUGAAAGAAGAACCUCUUGAAGACAUCAAGCCAAGUCUUGGAGUAAAUGAAAUCUCCUCCAGCUUCUUGUCUCUGCUUCUGGAGAUUCUGCUUCUAGAAGGGCCUACUAGUCUCUCAGUGCUUGAGGAUAAAGUCAUGGAUUGGCAAUCUUCCCCUGCCAGCACAUUAAACAGUUGGUUUUCCUUCGCCCCCAACUGGUCAGAACUCGUUUUACCUGCGCUGCAGUAUCUCACAGGUGACAGCAGAGAUGCUCCUUCCAGUUUUUCUCCAUUUGUCGAAUUCAAAGAGAAAACUCAGCAAUGGAAAUUGAUAGGCUCUUCCCAAGACCACGAGAAGGAGCUGGCAGCACUCUUCCAGCUCUGGUUAGAGACAAAAGACCAAGUCUUCUUCAAGGACAAUGAAGACAGCUCAGAUGCCACUACACCUAUUCCCCGGGUGACUGACUAUGUGGUCCGGCCUAGUACUGGGGAAGAGAAACGUGUUUUCCAGGAACAGGAACGUUACAGAUACAGCCAGCCCCACAAGGCCUUCACGUUCCGCAUGCAUGGCUUUGAGUCAGUGGUAGGCCCUGUGAAGGGGGUGUUUGACAAGGAAACAUCUCUGAACAAAGCCCGGGAACAUUCUCUACUGCGAUCAGACAGGCCUGCUUAUGUUACCAUCUUGUCUCUUGUUCGGGAUGCUGCAGCCCGUCUUCCUAAUGGAGAAGGAACUCGUGCUGAGAUCUGUGAGCUGCUUAAAGACUCCCAGUUUCUUGCUCCUGAUGUCACCAGUGCUCAGGUUAACACUGUCGUGAGUGGCGCACUGGAUCGAUUACAUUACGAGAAGGAUCCCUGUGUAAAAUAUGAUGUUGGACGUAAGCUCUGGAUAUACUUGCAUCGAGACAGGAGUGAAGAGGAGUUUGAACGGAUUCAUCAGGCCCAAGCUGCUGCAGCUAAAGCCAAAAAAGCCCUUCAGCAGAAACCCAAACCUCCUGCAAAGAUAAAAUCCGGUAGCAAGGAGAGUUCUGUGAAAGUGGUUACUAGUGGCACCUCUGAGCCUAGCCAGCUGAGCCUUAGUGAUUCCAGCAUGCCACCAACCCCUGUGACUCCAGUAACACCCACUGCUCCUCAGUUGCCAGCAAUGCCCAUCUCACCACCGCCAGUCUCUAUGGUUAACAAGAGUUUGCCAAAUGUUGCAUCAGAGCAAGCUAAACCCAACCAAAGCAUCCUUUUGGUAUCAUCUCCCACCAUGCCACAGCUUGGGACAUUGCUCUCCACAGCGCAAAGUACCCAGGCACAGACUGGGCCCCAGCAGACCCCCUCUCGGGUGGCCAGCCACACUGCUUCUUCAGGACUCCCACAGGUCCGAGUGGUUACAGCACAGUCUAGCCUCCCACCUGUGUCUCAACCAGCCCCAGCAGUAACACAGCAGCCGCCGCCGCCACCAGCAUCUGUUCCUCAGAUCCGUGUCCCUUCCACUUCUGCACAAACCAAAGCUCUGUCUCAGGCUGUUAUGACUGUCCCAGUGAAAGCUCAAGCCAGCCCAGUCCAGGUGCCGAGGCCGACAGUGUCUGUAACAGGACCAACUGGUGUUGCUGGAACAGGAAUCUCUGCAGCACUUAGUCCUGUCCCAAAGCCUGUAACUAGUUCUCCAGGCAGCUCUGCGCCCAACUCCUCCACUAUUUCUUUAUCAACAGCCUCUUCAUCAUCUUCCUCUUCUUCAUCCACCACAGUCCUACAGAACAUAGCUGGCCAAAAUAUCAUCAAACAGGUGGCUAUAACUGGACAGCUAGGUAUGAAAAGCCAACCUGGGAGCGGCAUUCCACUUGCUGCCUCAAACUUCCGCAUCCAAGGCAAGGAUGUACUGCGUCUGCCUCCCUCCUCCAUCACCACUGACGCAAAGGGGCAGACCGUUCUCCGCAUCACCCCGGACAUGAUGGCUACCUUGGCCAAGUCCCAAGUCACCACUGUCAAACUGACUCAAGACCUCUUCACCGCUGCCGCAGCGGGAAACGCUUCUGCUGGGAAGGGCAUCUCUGCCACUCUGCGUGUGACUUCUAGCCCCAUCCAGUCUUCUGACUCUCCCGCCAAGACCAGCACACCCAACUCUGCUUCGUCCAGCCCAGCUGGGCCCACGGUGGUUAAAGUGACUCCAGACUUGAAGACUGUAGAGUCUCCCAGCUCAGCAUUCAGAUUGAUGCCUGCUCUAGGCAUGACCGUAGCAGACCAGAAGGGCAAAGCCAUUACUACGGUGGCAUCCACUGAAGCCAAGCCAGCUGCCACUAUAAGGAUUGUGCAAGGAAUGGGGGUUAUGCCACCGAAAGCUGGACAGACCAUUACCGUAGCCACCCACGCCAAGCAGAUGCCUGCUUCCUCUUCAGUGAGUGUGCCUGGUGCCACCCAUGCUUCAGCUGUUUCUCUGCCAAACAUGACCGCUUCAGUCUCCAAGGCAGUUGCUGUAGUGUCAGGAGGGGCAGGGACACCCAUAACGAUAGGAACAGGAACCACGACUGUGCGGCAGGUUCCAGUGAGCACCACCGUCGUAUCCACUUCCCAGGCAGGGAAGUUGCCUGCCCGAAUCACAGUGCCCCUCUCGGUCAUAAGCCAGCCUGUGAAAGGCAAGAAUGUAGUGACGACCCCCAUCAUCAAGGGCAAUCUUGGGGCCAAUAUCAGCGGACUGGGUAGAAAUAUCAUCCUCACAACAAUGCCAGCUGGGACGAAAUUGAUUGCUGGGAACAAACCAGUGAGCUUCCUGACUGCACAGCAACUACAACAGCUGCAGCAACAAGGCCAGGCUACACAGGUGCGCAUUCAGACCCUCCCAGCCUCCCAUCUCCAGCAGGGAACAGUGUCUGGCUCUACAAAAGCAGUCUCCACGGUAGUUGUGACAGCAGCGCCAUCUCCAAAACAAACACCGGAUCAGUAAAUUCAGCAGGAAACAUAAUUUUUCAAGAGUUAUUCUAGCCCUCUUAUCCCAUUUCCACCUUACUAGAGUCUGACUUAGCAAACCCUAGUAUCUGCAAGUUGGUUCCUGACAUUGUGGAAGUAGCCAUGGGAAGUGUUUGCCCUUUGGUUGGAGUCAGAAUAAGCAGAACCUAUAACAUAAACAUCUCAACAUGCUAUAUUUUAAUAAUCUUAAUGUCUUCAUGUUAAGUUGCCAGACCCAGAAAGGCUGGUAUCUUGUUUUUGAAUUUUCAACCUAAUUGAAUGUAAGUUUCAAAGAAGCUUGCUGAAUUAAGGUAAGAAGACCAUGGAGGGACUUGGAAGAAAUGGACAAGUUCUGUCAGGCUGGAUUUCAAUGUUAACCCCUUCAUGGUGGUUCUUAUUGCUAUUCAGACUCUGGAUUUUUAAUGUUUGAUGUCUAAGCUUUUUUGUCUGUUUAUUUUAUAAUUUUAACCAGGUUUAAAAACAACAACAUAAGACAGUUUCUUGGUAACUGUCCCUCUCUGUACAUAAACUUCCCCAGUCUGUUUAUCCACAUCAGACUGAGUAUUUUUUAAAAUUGACUUAUGUGACAUGCUUAAAGAAAGCCUGUGCAUUGUGUGAAAGAAGAGAGCCUUCUAAGCUAGUUCUGGAAAAAGAGCCAAAAGCAACCCUCUUCCCCCUUCCCAGAAGAACUUUUAGCUUGAUGUGAUUGGGAAGGCCUCUUUUCUAAUGAACAGUUAAAGCAGACCUGACACUGUGUACCAGGCUCAGUGAAUACAAAUUCAUUUUACUGAUGUUGAUAAUCACUGUUGACUUUUCUAUUGUUAAUUGUAUCUCUAAAGUUUAUCAAAGCAUAUUUUAUCCAAUUAGGAACAUUUCCACACUAAUAGAAAACAUUAUUUCUCCAUACAAACAUUCACACACACUUUUUAUAUGAUAACUAUCUCUCCCAUGGCUCCAGAGUUGGUAUAAUAAGCAAAUUGUCAGUUUCAACAUCUUCCUUCUUAAAAGGGAGCUAAUAGUACUUAGUGGAACAAAGUAGAUCUAAGAUUCCAGGGUUGCUGUCAUGCACAAAGUAAUGGUUUUGAGACAAUUUGUCAGCAUAAUACAGUAUAAUAUUAAAGGUGACUAAACCUCUUUGGUAAGGCCUGUCAGUCGUUGAUAUAGUUACUGUUGUGCAUUCACCCCCAGAUAAACUUGACGAGCACCUGCCACCUUUUAAAAAAGUUAGCCAAAUUUAUAGCCCUCUUGAUUAACAGCAUCUGCUACAUUCAAAAACAAGGAGAGAUGCUGAGCCCUCUACUGCUCCCAUGCUGCAACUCUUUUUAUUUCUUCCUCCCAUCUUGCCAAAAAGCAAUGUAACAAUAUAAUUCUAUAGGCGAAGUUUUGGCUAGCAGAAGUCCAAAAUAUAUGUGUUUGAACUGACCCUGAUUUCAUGGCUAAUAAAGGAUAUUUUUAACUGGAACUUAAUCAGGCAUUUAACUACUAGGCCCCUCUCUUCUGAUGCUGAUGGUUCAACCAAAGGGGGAUAGAUGUAGUACUGAGUCUUGUGGUUUUCUGCAGUCUCUUUAAACUCAUAUUUCUUUGUUAGGUGCAUUUAUAUUCCUGCCCUGCUGCUGUUUAAGAGCUGUGGGCAGCUUGAAAUAUUAGGAAAAAUUCUGUUUUAAAGGACGAUGGCUGCCAGAUAAAAGAUGGCUGCCCUGGCCUACUAUUGGGAGCAAGGGCAGGUUAUAACUUUAAUAAUAAAUAAAUAAAUAUGGAUCAGUAAAAUUCCAUCCACCCAACAGGAUAAAUGACUCCUAGAAUAAAAAUGUCUUCCAACAGAUGGCAGAAGGCUAAAAGAGAGAGGGCCAAACUAUGUACCUCCCAAGGUACAGAGUUCAAUACAUAAUCUAGGAGUUCUCAAAGAGCAAGGCUUCUCCCAUGUUCCACCCAGUUACUAUUGGUUCCAGAGAAGAGCUUCUCCAGCAAAUCUGAAGUGGAUAGUCAUUCAGGUAUCCUGGGCCUAAGCCAUUUAGGAAUUCCAAGGUAAAUUACCAGCACUUUGAUGAAUCAUGUCUGGAAAUGAACUGGAAACCCAUGCACCUGUUAUAAAAUGGGAGAUGCCUGCUUCCAAGGGCAAGCACUACCAAAAGCCCACCUGCACAUUCUGGAUCAAUAGAAGUUUCUAGGGACUCUUCAAAGGCUGUCCAAUGCAGAGGACAUUGUGGUAGUUUUAAUCUAGAGUAUUGAAUAUCAGGUAACUGCUUUUGUGAAUAAAUGGGAACGGCUGUUUGGGGACACACACACACACAGAGAGAACAACUUUUGAUUUUGCAGAUCCUGAAUAAUGAAUGGUGCAGGAAGGAGGUCCUGUUCUUAAUACUAGCCUUAUUUCUAGACCACAACAAUACUACAUUAAUGAAAACGGAAAUGUUUUCUUGUAGGACUCUUUGUUUAAAACCAAAUUAACUUGGUGAGUGUCGACACUGGAGCCUUUGCACUUGUGUUCUGCCUCGUAGUGAACAUGAUCUCCUCUCUACUGUGUUGAUGUCCUUUUUUUUAUCCCAGGGGAUGUGCCUUGGAAAAUAUUCUUUUCAAAUGUUUCCUAGUACCCCACAGCUUAAUCUCUACUGCCACGAUCCCCCCCCCCUGUGCUUACAGUCCCCCACCUCCAUGCCUUCAAAGUGUGUAGGUGUUCCUUCCAAAGCAUUUCCUUGAGGGCAAAUACGUCCUGUAUGUAAACCAGCUAUGUGAGAUCUGUUGCAGUUUCAACAUAUUUGGAAGACAACUGUAACUAACAUAAGCAUGUGGCAUAUAUAUGACACCAGAAAGCACUUGUGUCCAGUAACUUGCUUGGGUAAAGAAAUGUGGUGGUCAAGGCAGGGAAUGAGACAGGAGGAGUCUCCUCUUCCAUGGAGGCUCUUAAGGCUACAAGUUGCCUGGCUGUGCCAGGCCUUCUGGUAGAGCCCCGCAAACUCUCUAACUAGUCGGGUUACUUGCCACUUUAAAAGAAAAACUAUUAGAAGGACACAAAGGCAGAACAGGAAGCAGCCCCCUAAAACUGAUUUUAAAUGUCAGGCCGCUGCAUAUGGGAGAAGGCAGUCCUCUGUUCUUAGGUGCCUCACCAUCAUUCCCUUAAAGGGUUAAAGAUGGCAGUAUAAGCCAUCUACAGUACCUCUGUCAACUGAAGUCCCUCUCCCCCCCCCUUUAAACUUUUAUUCAACUCAUUUCUCCCACACAACCUUACUGAGGCUGCUGAAGACUUGCCUGUUCUUUUAGUUCUUAAUCCUGCUCAAAAUUUGAGACAUUUCCUCAUUUUUCUCUUUCCAUUUGCUUUGUGUGUUUGUUCGCCCUCUCCCCCCUCCUAAUGCUAAAUCCUCCAGGCAGUAACUUACUCCUGUGCUAUGUCUAAGAAGAUCAUUUUUAUCACUGUAUUUAUUAAUGUAUUAAAUACACCUAAGAGAGCUACCGGAAAUCACCUUUUUAAGUUUUUCCAAUUUCCCACAAGGGAAAUUGCAAUUAAAAUAAAUCUUCUGGCAUGGCUGAUAG